AUGGUGAAUAAGUUGAAUGUGGAGCUGACCGUGGGGAAGAAGUUGAAGCCGAUGGACCAGCAUGGCGUCUUGCUCGGUGAUGAGUACAUCAGGAAGUGGCCGAACUGGCUGCCCAAGGAUUGGCGCAUCGCCUACUUUCGGUCCGCGGGAGGAGCACCGAAGCCCUGCUUCUUGAGCCCCAGGGGCGCGCAUUACAAGGAUAAGAAGGCGGUCCUUGCGCAGAAGGCCAAGGAGAGGAAAGAACGGUCCCUAAGCUGCAAGAAAUGGUCGGCCCGGUGCACUUCCAAGACAUGGCACCCAUUUGAGGAUGAUCCAACUGAAGAAUUGGGGAAACAAGAUCGAUCUAAGAUGGCCUCGAAGCACUCCAAGAUUCUUGCGGAAUUGCGCAGGUCCAAGGAGUGCUUCAGGACUUUUACCCCGCAGGAGCUCUUCGAGUGCUUUGCUCCUCCGUUGGGCGAUAGUUUAACGCCUCCGAGUCACUGGCAAGGAGGCCUCAAAGUCUCGCGCCUGCCUCGCAUCAGUUGGCUGCCUCCCAGGUGGACACAGGCCUACAGGGAUGGCUCCAGGCGCAAGCUCUACGUGGCUCCUCCAGAGCUGGGAGCGAAAGUGGUCUUCCAUCGUGAGAACGUGGAGGUCUUGGAAGGUCGAAGAUUGAGCCCCGUAGAUCAGCAUGGACUUGUUUUGGGGCCGGACUGUAUUACACAGUGGCCGAAUUGGUUGCCCAAAGAUUGGCAAAUUGGCUACUACCGUCCACAUGCAGGGGCUCCGAAAGUUUGUUUCCUGAGCCCCGAGAAGACGCUUGGAUUGAAGGUUGUCCUUGCAGCGAAGAGAUUCACAGACCGGCAGCAAGUGCUCUCGCACCUGAACCCCAACUCUCAACCCAAGAAGCCUGCGGUAUGCCGGGUGAAGUUGGGCGACUUUGCUCGGCGUCAUGCAUUUCUGAUUCGACAGAGACAUGGCGAGUUUGGGAAACAGAUCUGUUCGCUUCGUACAUCGCUGCCCUUCGUUCCAGCGGAUGACAGCGAAGACGAGUUCCCUGAGACAUGCGAUGUCUUCCGGAGCUUUACAUAUCAAGAGUUCAAGGAUUGCUUUGCGCCACCCCUGGGCGACUGCACGGUUCCUCCGAGCCACUGGCCAGAGGGCCUACAGGUUUGCACACUGCCGCGCAUCAGCUGGUUGCCGCCUGGCUGGGGCCAAGGCAUCCGCAUGGGCCAGAAAGGCCGUCGGCUGAAGGUCUUCGUGGCACCUGAGGGGCACGGGCGCUUGGUGGUGAAUAACAAGCAAAGCAUGGAGGUGAUCCUUCAAACGAGGCUAAGACCUUUGGACCAGUACGGCAAGGUCCUGGGCCUGGGCGAUGAAUGCGUGGAACAUUGGCCCAAGUGGCUGCCUCGCACCUGGCGCAUUGCGUACUUCAAAGAGGAUGGCAAUGUGAAAGUCUGUUACAUCAGCCCGGCAGGCGACAAGUGCCUGGAGAAGGCAGCCGUGAUGUCCAAGGCGCGGGAGCAGCGCGUCGUGGAGAAAGCCAACGAGGCCGAGGCGGAGCGGAUGCGGAAGCGGCGACGCCUGCGGAAGAUGAACUCGGAGGCCCUAUGCCUGGACGAGCAGCAGGACCAGCAGGAUGCAGAGAAUGAGAAUGAAGAGGUUGCAGAGCAAGCUGCAGAGAAGGCUGCCGCUGAGGCACAUGCGGAGGCGGAGGCAGCUGAGGCUGGGUCCGAAGGGUCCAUCAACAGCGGAGGGUUUUGCCAUGGUUUUUCGGUGAAGUCAAGAUGUGCUGUAGUCAAUCCACUUGUUUUGUAG